UCAGACAGUUAUCACUUCAUACUCGGUCUUCAGGAAUGAGAACAUAUUGUGAUGAGGUUGUAGACAGCCACACUGACGGGUUUCCACAGUAUGUUUCUAGAAUGGUUUUUCUUCAUAGAAAGCAGCGGGUAGUUUGUCUAGUUUGCGUUUGAUAAAAGUUUUCAGCGGGUUAGAGGGAGUCCACAAUGAGCACUCAAGAUGUACUGAGGAAUGCGUCCACUCUAGCAUCGUAUAAUGUGUUGUUACAGGUGAUGUUCCGUGUGCUCACCUUCUUACUGAACGCAUUCACACUGCGCUUUGUGUCCAAAGAGCUGAUUGGAGUCGUCAAUGUCAGGCUUACAUUACUGUACUCCACAUUAGUAUUUUUAUCCAGAGAGGCUUUCCGGAGAGCUUGUCUGAGUGGGGGAUCUGGGACAAACCACAGCUGGAGACAAGUUAUCAACCUGCUAUGGCUGACGCUGCCUCUCGGUGUGUUAUGGGCAACCCUGCUGGUCUGUGUGUGGCUGUGGCUCCUGGAGGUCCCAGAUCCCCAGACUGUCCCGUACUACGGCCCUGCUGUGGUGUUGUUUGCCUUGGCAGGAGUGCAGGAGCUUCUGGCUGAGCCCCUCUGGGUCCUGGCUCAGGCUCACAUGUUUGUCCACCUGAAGGUGGUUGCUGAAAGCUUAGCAAUGAUUGCUAAGUGCAGUAUAACUGUAGUGCUGGUGGUGUCUGCCCCUGAAUGGGGCCUCUACAUCUUCUCUGCUGCUCAUUUGAUGUACACAGGAUUCCUGGUGCUGUGCUAUGGUCUUUACUUUAUUCGUUUCUUGGGCUCUAAAGAAGCAAACAAAAAGAGUUUUCCCCUGCACCGUGUUGGAGAUCUCUUGCCCUGUAGAGCAGAUGGAGAGCCGCUGGUUGAUUGGACUUUAGCCCGGCUCACAUGGAGCUUCUUCAAGCAGUCGUUCCUGAAGCAGAUCCUGACAGAGGGUGAGCGUUACGUCAUGACCUUCUUGAACGUUCUCAGCUUUGGAGACCAGGGUGUUUAUGAUAUCGUCAAUAAUCUGGGCUCCAUGGUGGCACGCUUCAUCUUCUUACCCAUCGAGGAAAGCUUCUACAUCUUCUUUGCCAAAGUGCUGGAGAGAGGACGUGCUGUCAAAAGUCAGAAACAGGAAGAAGUUGCCAUUGCAGCAGAUGUCCUGGAGUGUCUGCUCAAGCUGGUGUUGGUGAUUGGUCUGAUUAUCUCAGUGUUUGGCUACGCCUUCUCACACUUGGCUCUGGAUAUUUAUGGCGGCUCUAUGCUGAGCAGUGGAGCAGGGCCGACUUUGCUACGAUGCUACAGCUGCUACGUCCUCCUGCUCGCUGUAAAUGGUGUAACAGAGUGUUUUGUAUUUGCUGCCAUGAGCCAACAAGAGGUUGACAAGUACAACCUGGUGAUGCUGGCUCUGUCUGUGUCCUUCCUCUUCUUGUCCUACUUGCUGACGUGGUGGGCUGGCGGUGUUGGUUUUAUACUGGCAAACUGCCUCAACAUGGGCCUCCGCAUCUUACACAGCCUGCUUUACAUACACCACUACUUCCAGUUCAGUCAGUGGAAACCACUGCGAGGCCUCCUGCCCUCCCCGUUUCUACUACUGGCACUUGCUGUCAGUGCAGUUGUCACAGCAGUUUCUGAGAGUGUUUUCUGCUGUGACAGCGGCUGGUUGCUGAGGCUGGUCCAUAUUGGCAUUGGAGCAGUGUGUCUACUUGGUGUGUUUGUUGCUGUUCUUCUCACAGAGACUCGUCUUAUUCAGUUUGUGAGGACUCAGCUCUUGCCCCAGUACAGAAAAAAACACACGUAAAUAUGACUAAAAAAGGAAGAAAACUUGUGUUCCGCUACAAAGAGUAGUUAAAAAAGCUAUUGAUAAUAGACCUCUUGUGUAUGUGCGCGUGCACACAUACACACGCCACAUGGCUGUUUGAGGGUUAAGACUUGGUUUAAGGGUUGGGGUUAAGGUUAGGGUAAGCGGCUAGGGAAUGCAUUGUGUCAAUCAUGGGUCAACAUCAAUGUAAUUAAAAACAAGGAUGUGUGCGUGUAUGUGUGUGUGUGCGUGUGUGUGUGUGCGUGUGUGUGUGUGUGUGUGUGUGUGUGUGUGUGUGAUGUUUUCAUUGUAACAUUCCUGUCUUGCUACAUGCAAGUACGAAGAAACAUGGCAGGACUUAUUUUGGGAUCUAAUUGUGGGUGACAAAGAAGAUGAUUGUAUUAUAAGACUGAAACUGAUAAGGAUUUGUUUACAGUGAUGGUUUGUCCUACACAAAUAAAACAAGGCAAUUUAA